AUGGCAAUAGUUGAGAUCAAAUCGAUCAACCCUGAGAGCUGCAGUGAUAGUAGCUGUGUAAUUGAAGUGGGGUAUGAUCUCACAAUGAAUGAAGAGGAUGUACCCGAUGUAAGCUCUGCUCGGAUCUUCCGACUGCCAAGGCUAACGCCGUACUCCAAAGAUCAUUUGUACAGUCCACAUCUUGUUUCCAUUGGCCCUUUUCAUUAUGGGAAGAAGGAGCUGCAAGGCAUGGAGAAGUCCAAGUCUGAGGCAGUAAGAAGGAUGCAAAAGAGGAUCCAGAGGAGUAAUCCACACAUUUCUGUGAAAUCAAUUGUUGAACAGUGCAUACUGUUUAAGGAGAAGAAGAUAAGGAGGUUCUAUGGUGAACAAAUUCCCCUUACUUCUAUAGAACUAGCAUGGAUGGUCACUAGGGAUGCAUGUUUUGUUUAUGAAUUUAUUGUUAAUUAUGUAAAAGUUAACAGGAAUGCUCAGCAUUCAUAUGAGACCCAAGGAUGGCGAUUUGAGUAUGUUCAAUGUUUUUAUAGAGAAGAAGUGAGUGCAUUUAAGUGGAAGUAUGAUCCUGUGUUUGAUGCCGAUCUUCAAAAUCCUAUUAGAGAAAGACUGAUGACUGAUAUACUUCUGUUUGAAAACCAAAUACCUCUCUGGAUUUUGAAAGAUCUCCUUAAAUUCCCGAUGGGUUCUGCUGAAGCUGCAAAACAAAAAGUAGAAAACUUAAUGAAUAUGCUGCUUUGUAGUGCGGCUAGACAUGAAUUUUUUAUGUGGAAACCUAGGGUUUCUUACAACAUGUAUUGUAAGAAACAUGUUCUCGAAGUACUCUACCGGUCAAUGGUGGGCAGCGGUUUUAGCUCCGCCGAUGGUGAACUGCUAGGCUUGCCCCCUUCGUCUCAAAAUCACAGGCAGAUCUGCUUUAGCAAAUCCGUUGAUUCAAUAAAAGCCAUUUGUGGACGUUUAUGUAAUCCUUUCUUUUUCUCUUCAUCAAAUAAAAUCCCUUGCAACACUGUGGAUAUGGUCUACCUGAAGCUCCCAUCAGCAUUAGAACUCGUGCGUGGCGGUGUGAAGAUCCAGCCAGUGCUCUUUAAAGAUAUAAAAAGGUCAGUCGGGCAAGAUCCAACAAGCUCGCUCGAAUAUUCUUCAGCCAUUCGAUGGAUAAGGUUUGAUGAGAAAACAUCAACGUUGUACUUGCCACAAUUCAAGGUAACCCUGGAGAAUUAUUCAGUCGUGGGUAGCAUUACUGCAAUGGAAGUGGUUGCUAAAGGGUACGGUACGAAACCAAUGAUUCAGUUUGCAUUGCUUAUGGAUGAGCUGAUAGACAAUGAGGAGGAUGUUGCAGUGCUAAAACACGCAGAGGUGAUUAACAAUUUCUUUGGAAGCAACAAACAAUUGGCUGAUCUUUUCAAUUUGGGUAAAGGUAUUGCCCAUGUCAAGGGCUGCAAAGCAAUUGAUGACGUCAGAAUGGGGCUGCAUAAGUAUACAAGAAGAAAGUACAAGAAGCUCUGGAGUGAGUUCGUGAGUGCUUACUUUUCCAAGCCAUGGCUGGUCGCUGGUUCCAUGGCUGCCGUGCUGUUAAUUGUAAUGACAGUGGCGCAAGAUUUGUGUCUGUUUUUCACUUGCAACCCCUAUUCCCAUUGA